AAUGAAGUAAUAAGAGAAAGGGAAAAAAAAUUAAAAAAGAAAAAGAAAAAUAGAAUUCCCCUCCAAGCAUUCUCCCCCCAAAAAACCCUUGGCCCAUUUUUGGCUGGGAUCCGCGUCAUCAGCACGAUUCCCAGAGAUUUCGAGAUUUUUGAGAUCGGUUGGGUUUGGAUUUAUGAGUCCUGGAGCUGUGGAUGCGAACGGUGGAGGGCAGUCGCCGGGCUCUUCGAAUUCUGAUGAUGCUGGAGAGAUGGAGGCCCGGUUUGCGGAUUUAUGCAAGGAUGGAUUGGCGCUGGAUGAGAACACGGCGAGGUCAGCGUUGGUUUUGUUCAAAGAGACCAAGCAGGUUCUAGUGGCGAAUAUGUCAUCAAUUGGAAGCGGAUCGGCGGAAGAGGCUGAGAAGUUUUGGUCGGCUUUUGUUUUGUAUUGUGUUUCGAGAUUGAGAGAGAACAGCAAAGAGAAAGAGAAUGGAUUAGGGAUUUCAUUAUGCCAGAUUCUAAGGGCUACCAAACUAAAAGUUGCUGAUUUUUUCAAGGAGAUGCCUCAGUUUUCUCUCAAGGCUGGGCAUGCUCUAAAUGGGUUGUAUGGGUCUGAUUGGGAGAAAAGGCUUGAGUUGAAGGAAAUGCAAGCCAAUGUUGCCCAUUUGUGCCAUCUAAGCAGGUAUUACAAACGAACAUAUCAAGAGCUUUUCUUGGCUGGUAAUGAAAGCACCAACCAACAGUUCACGGUUUCUGGUGGCACUGGAUAUGUUUCAGACCAUCAUCGUUUUGGAUGGUUACUUUUCUUGGCACUGCGUGUCCAUGAACUUAGCCUUCAUAAAGAUCUUGUGACUUGCACAAAUGGACUAGUCUCUGUUCUGGCUGUACUCAUUAUUCAUGUCCCUGUUCAAUUCAGGAAAUUUUCCAUGCAGGACUCUCCUCAUUUUGCCAAAAAAUCCAACAAUGGUGUGAACAUACUUGCUUCCUUAUGUGAUGCUUACCAUACCUCUGAAGAUGAGCUAAGGGUAAUGAUGGAUAAAGUGAAUAAUUUGAUAGUGGAUAUACUGAAAAAGAGCCCUCGUAUUGCUUCAGAGUGCAAAGCUGAAAAUUUGGAUCAUGUGGACGCAGAUGGUUUGACAUAUUUUGAGGAUCUACUGGACGAAAAGUCACUGCAUUCUAGUUUAGUGCUCCUGGAGAAAGAUUAUGAUGAUGUGAUUAAUAGGCAAGGUGAACUAGAUGAACGCAUGCUUCUUAAUGAGGAAGACAGUCUACUUGGAAAUGGAAGCUUAUCUGGAAGUUCCAUUAACAUUUGCAGCACAAAGCGGAAAUUUGAGGCAAUGACAUCACCAUCAAAGACGAUAACAAGUCCUUUAUGUUUUUCUCCUGCAUCUCCUGCAAAUGGUAAUUGUAUCAACAACUCAAAAGCAGUCUAUGCCACACCAGUAAGUACUGCCAUGACUACUGCAAAAUGGCUACGGAGCGUCAUCUCUGCCCUUCCUUCAAAGCCUUCGCAAGAACUUGUACACUUCCUUUCUUCAUGUGAUAGGGAUUUAACUGGUGAUGUUGUGCGUAGAGCAGAGAUAAUAUUGGAGGCAGUUUUUCCUAGUAAGUCUUUUGGAGAAAGAUGCAUUGCCGGAAGCCUCCAGAGUGCCAGCCUCAUGGAUGGUAUAUGGGCAGAACAAAGAAAACUGGAAGCUAUGAAGUUGUACUAUCGGGUUUUGGAAGCAAUAUGCAGAGCAGAAGCACAGAUCUUGAAUGGAAACAAUCUUACUUCACUAUUAUCCAAUGAGCGUUUCCAUCGCUGCAUGCUUGCUUGUUCAGCUGAGCUUGUCUUGGCUACUCAUAAAACAAUUACAUUGAUGUUUCCUGCUGUUUUGGAGAGAGCUGGCAUAACAGCUUUUGAUUUGAGCAAGGUGAUAGAGAGCUUCGUGAGACAUGAGGAAACUCUUCCAAGAGAAUUGAAAAGACAUCUUAAUUCCUUGGAAGAGCGUCUCUUAGAAAGUAUGGCAUGGGAAAAAGGUUCAUCAAUGUACAAUUCCUUAAUUGUGGCUAGGCCAGCUCUGUCAGCUGAAAUAAACCGCUUGGGGCUAUUGGCAGAACCGAUGCCAUCCCUUGAUGCAAUUGCACUUCACCUUAACAUGCCCACAGUUUGCUUCCCACCUCCAAAGAAAUGGGAGUCUUCCACAGACCAGAAUGGAGAUGUUCGGUCUCCAAAGAGAUUAUGCAGUGAGUAUAGAAAUGUGUUAGCAGAACGUAAUUCAUUCACAUCACCGGUCAAGGAACGUCUUUCGACCUUCAACAGUCUGAAACCAAAGCUACCACAUCUUCAGUCUGCUUUUGCAAGCCCAACAAGGCCCAACCCUGCAGCUGGAGGAGAAAUGUGUGCAGAGACAGGGAUUAAUAUUUUCUUCAGCAAAAUUGUGAAAUUGGCUGCUAUUCGAAUAAGAAGCAUGUGUGAAAGACUACAAUUGCCCCAGGAAAUUUUGGAGCGUGUCUAUACUCUUAUCCAACACAUCCUUAGUCAGCAUACAGCUCUUUUUUUCAAUAGACAUAUAGACCAACUUAUAUUGUGCAGCUUCUAUGGUGUUGCUAAGAUUUCACAAUUAAGUUUGACCUUCAAGGAAAUCAUCUAUAAUUAUCGGAAACAACCUCAGUGCAAACCUCAGAUUUUUAAAAGUGUCUAUGUCAAUUGGCCAUCAACAUCCCACAAUGGAAGAUUGGGGGAGGAGCAUGUUGAUAUAAUAACCUUCUACAAUGAAGUAUUUAUUCCAUCAGUUAAGCCUUUAUUGGUUGAAUUAGGCUCUGGAGUCAAUCAGAGUAGUAACAAACCUGCUGAGGAUAAGAACAAUACCAGUGGGUCACCGCGGUUCUCCCCAUUCCCAAGUCUGCCAGAUAUGUCCCCAAAGAAAGUUUCUACAACCCAUAAUGUUUAUGUUUCUCCUCUGCGGUCAUCAAAGAUGGAUGCUCUCCUCUCGCCAAGUUCCAAGAGUUAUUAUGCCUGUGUUGGUGAGAGCACUCAUGCUUACCAGAGCCCAUCCAAAGACCUGACUGCCAUCAAUAACCGCUUAAAUUGUGGUAGGAGGGUUCAUGGAAGGCUCAACUUUGAUGUGGUGAGUGAUUCAGUGGUUGCUGGCAGUCUGGGUCCUCAGCAGAAUGGGAGCUCAGCAUCAUCUGCUGCGGCUGCCACCUCAAACUUGCCUAUAAAAAGUGAGCAAGCAAGCUGACCCAUAGUGCAACUUUCUGAGUCAUCUCCCUGUAUGUAGUCUAAUUGUCUUGUCAUUCCCUAAUUCAGUUUAAUUAUUUGUACAUGAGUGUAUUAGAUAGGUAAUUGUGUUCAAGCAGUGUACCACUGUAGAAUAAACAAAUUUUGCUGCCUCUUUUGGUCUGCAGAGUCUAUAUAAACUUUGGUUGAUUGCCAUGUAAAAAAGGGGCAGUAACACUAAUCUAACUUAACAAAGCUUUCAAUUGCUUCUUA